AGGUAAGAUAGGCAGAUAGGAUAGUCUCUUCCUGAGUCGAGCUGCAUGCUGAGUGGAGCUGUUCUCUGCUUCCUCCACCUCAGAGUAUGGACUAAAACCCUGAAAGCACUCAAGUUAUUUCUCUGUGGAAAGACUUGUGCAGCAUUAAAGAUGAGCGACCAGGACAGCAGCAGCUCCUCCUCUUCUCAAACAGAUGGCGAGAUGGACGAAGAGACAAACGGAGCGAUGGAGAAAGAGGAGAAGAAGGAGGAGGACGAUGAAAAACACAGAGACAGCGUGGCCCAGAGUCUGUCCAGCUUCUCCUCGUCCCUGCGCGCCGUCAUCCGCAUCAAACAGAAGUACACGGCCCUGAAGAAGAGGCGUCAGGAGAUGGCUCUGAGCCUCGGAGCAGCAGGAGCCUACACAGGAGCUCCGAGCAGAACCAGCCCCAAGAUCUUCACCUUCGACGGGGUCUCCCCUUUGGCCUUCUCCUCCCUGUCGUCCUCCGCCACUCAGAAGAAGAAGAGGAGGAGGAGGAAGCGGGUUUUGUUUCCUAACAGUGGAGGGUGCAGGAGCCCGCCCAGGCCAAAGCGCAGCCGAGCACAAUACUGCCUGUAUCUGCUGUUUGCCAUCGUCUUUGUGCAGGUGUACAACGCCAUAGAGAACCUGGACGACCACGUCCUGCGGUACGACCUGGAGGGGCUGGACAAGACUCUGAGGCGGGAGGUGUUUGGACAGCAGGGGGCGGUGGAGGGUCUGAUAGCCCACCUGAAGGACUACCUGUCCACCUACGUCCACAACAAACCCCUGGUGGUGUCGCUGCACGGCCCCAGCGGCGUGGGGAAGAGCCACCUGGGACGCCUGCUGGCCGGACACUUCCGCUCGGUGGUCGGCGAGACGCUGGUGCUGCAGUACUACGUCCUGCACCACUGCCCCCUGGAGGCCGACGCCCCACAGUGUGCCCGGGACCUCUCCGCCACCAUCUCCGAGAUGGUGGAGCGGGCCGAGUCGGAGGAGAAGAUCCCGCUCUUUAUCUUCGACGAGGCGGAGCACAUGCACGACGAGAUCCUGGACGCCCUGUGGCAGCUCGUCGCCUCCAAACAGUCCAACGAGUACCUGAACGCCAUCUACCUGUUCCUGAGCAACCUGGGUGACACACACAUUACUAAACACAUGCUGCACAACUCGUCGAGUAAUUCUUUGGCUGCGUCGGGCCGCCUGGUCAAAGAGCUGACUCCUGUUUUAAGAAACACUCUGGAGAAGCUGCACCGGCUGUGGACAGAAGCGGACAUCUUCCCUCUGGGCCUGCUGGAGAAAGGUCACGUGAUUCAGUGUUUCCUGGAUGAAAUGACUCGAGAGGGCUUCUACCCGGAUCAUAACAACAUCGAGCGCCUGGCGGGGGAGAUUAAAUAUUACCCCGCAGUAGGGGAUCGCGAAUAUUCCGAGACAGGCUGCAAACAGGUGGUGGCAAAGGUCAACCUGCUGUGAACUGUCUGGAUGUUUUUCACAUUCUUUGUAGAAAAAACAAUGCGAGGGGAGCCAGAGAGUUUCCAUGGUUACCAAACUUUAAUGACAAAAACUCAGAGCCAAAAAGCUUUCAUAAGCGGUUGUGAAAUAAUGUAAAAAAAAAAGAAAAGAAAUGAGGAGCAGACUUGACGCUGAAGACGUUCGACUCUGUGGUGGUGAGAAAAUCCUGUGAAGAAGUUUGAAUCGCCCGCAUCACUAACUCCUCCUUUAAAGGCUUUAUAUGCAAAUUUUCACACUUAUAUAUAUAUAAUAGAAAUCAAGUCUAUCCUCUGAAAAUAACUCUGUGAGUCAUGACUGUCUACA